GGUCAUGGGCCUCUUGUUCCAAUUCCAUAGCAAUCUUCAUCUAUAAACCCCUAAGUCUACUAACUUCUUCCUCACUCAAAUUUCAAGCUUGUUCACUUGGUGUCUUGAACAUGGCUUCAAAGGCUGUAGCAUCAACCGCCCUUCUUCUCUCCCUCAACCUCUUCUUCUUCACUUUGGUCAGCUCCACCAAUGUGGCAUGCCCUCCACCGCCUAAGAGCCCUAACCAUCACAAUCACCACCAUAAGAAAGCCACUUGCCCUAAGGAUACCCUAAAGUUGGGUGUUUGUGCUGACCUGCUGAAUGAUUUGGUGCACCUUGUUGUGGGAACCCCAGCAAACACCCCAUGCUGCAGCCUCAUUUCGGGUUUGGCUGACCUUGAAGCCGCCGUUUGUCUCUGCACAGCCAUUAAGGUCAAUGUCUUGGGCAUUAUCCUGAACGUUCCCGUUUCACUGAGUUUGCUGCUCAACUACUGCGGAAAAAACGUCCCCUCUGGUUUCCAGUGCAAAUGAAUAUAUCUUAAUCUCGUCUAAUUAUAUAAUUAUAAUGUCUUAUCAAUUUUCUUUGUGUUCGUCUUCUCCUUUUCAUGGUGUGUUUGGUGUUGGGAUUUGUAUUCUUUGGAUGUAAGGAAAACUUCUAAUCAGCUUUCUUGUAAUCCUUUUUGAAGAUUAAGAAGCGCAUUUUGUUUUCUUAAAUUAUUAAUUAACCAAACUAGGUGCA